AUGGAGUGGGGGGUUUCGGUCCGGCAUUGUAAUACUUUCUGUUGGUUGUUUUUACCCGCUUGCUACCGAAGGCGGGGAUCCCGUGCUGCUUGUGCAGGGGACGAUGACUGGUCUCGGCGCUGUUGCGUCACCGUACCUGUUCCUAUACGAGCUAUUGUUGGAAAUAUGGAUCCCGAGUUUAAUAACACUUUGAGACCCACAAUUACAAGAAUCGCAUACAACCAGCAGAUUCCAAAGGUACCGGAUGAAUCGCUAUUGGAUGAGAAUUAUUUUAUGAACUCUGAAGUGCUGACAGAAAUUCCUGUUAUUGGUGAUGAGGAUGAGCAGGAUUACUUAUUGAAAGACAGCACUUCAUCCACACUACACUCCCAAGGGAGUAUGGAAGAAGAGAGGACUCCUACUGAACACAAUAUAGAAGGUGAAAAGGAAACUCAUAUCAGUAACUUGAGGAUCACAGAUAUUCUCCCUCAGCUAAGCAAGGAGUCCAUGCUACAAACAAUUAGAAAAGACUUUAUUUUGUCCAGAGAGAGAGAGGUCCAAGGCGCAUACGCAUCGAAGGAGCCAGGCCGGGCAGGGAUAUUCCAAGACACUUUUUCCAGAGAAGCAGAUUCUUCCUUAAAAGGAAGUUUUGACACUAAGCAAGGUCCAAUGGAGGAAUCCUCGCGAGCACAGUUAGCGGCACAAGCCCCAGAUAGCAGUUUCAGGGAAUCUGGUUACAACUAUAGUAGCAAAUCACCAAUGGGUGAAAAUCUCGGUAAUUCAUAUGCCCCAAGUGUCAGGAUAAAGGAGGAGCCAAUGGAUGAAGAUUAUGAAAGAGCUUUGGCGCCUCCACCCAAUUUUGUGGACAAAGUCAAAGAUGAGCCAGAGAACUCAGAGGAAUAUUCCCAGCAGCCAAAAGCUUCCGAUGGGGAACUGAAAAUCAGUGCCGUGUUUUCAGUCAGUGGAAGUCCUCUAGCCCCCCAGCUGUCCAGUGGCACACAGGCUCCCCUAGGCUCCCCAGGAUUGAACAAAUCUGUCCCUGCGGUUCCUGCAGUGCCCACAACAUCUAUCAGAGUUUCAUGUUCGGGGUGCAAAAAGGUUCUCCAGAAAGGACAGACUGCAUACCAGCGUAAGGGAUCUACGCAGCUCUUUUGUUCCACCCUAUGCCUUACUGGCUACACUGUACCUCCUGCCAGACCCAUGCCUCCUGCCAGGAGGACCUGCUCCAGCUGUGCAAAAGUCAUUGCAAAUCCCAAGGAUGUAAUCACUGCUCAGUUUGAUAAUCCUAGUGGCAGUAUGGACUUCUGUUGCCAAUCUUGUCUGUCAUCUUAUGAGCUCAAGAGGAAAGCUACGGUUACCAUUCACACCAAUAGCAUUUCCACUAAGUGCAGUGUGUGUCUGAAAAACGCAGUGAUCCGACAUGAGGUAAAUUAUCAGAAUGUGGUGCAUAAGCUCUGCAGUGAUGUCUGCUUCUCUAAAUUCCGCUCUGCUAACAACCUUACCAUGAACUGUUGUGAGAACUGCGGGGGAUACUGUUAUAGCGGCUCUGGUCAAUGCCACUUGCUGAACAUUGAUGGCCAGUGCAAGAAAUUCUGCAGUUCCACUUGUGUCACUGCCUUCAAACAGAAAUCUGCUAAGAUCACUCCAUGUGCUCUCUGCAAAACAUUGCGUUCAUCAGCAGAAAUGAUUGAGAACACUAACAGUGUAGGCCGUACCGAGUUGUACUGCUCCGUGAACUGUUUAUCAGCCUACAGGGUUCAGAGUGUCACGUCGUCAGGCAUACAGAUUCAGUGUAACAGCUGUAAAACUAUGGCUGUGCCCCAGUAUCAUUUGGCAAUGUCUGAUGGAACCAUACGAAAUUUCUGCAGUUACAAUUGUGUGGUAUCUUUUCAGAACUUGUUCAACAAACCCACUGGCAUGAAUUCCUCUGUGGUCCCGCUGUCCCAAGGCCAAGUGAUCAUGAAUGUCAAUGCAGCAACGGCAACUCAAGCUGGAAGCAGCACGCCAUCUGUGGUCUCUGCCACAUCAACCACCUCCUCUUCUUCAACAGUUAAUACUUCAGCAGCUGUUGGUCUACAAAGGCUAGCUGCGCAAACACAGCAGCAAACCACCAUUUCACGUCUAACUGUGAAGCUAAGGUGUCAGCAUUGCACCCGACUGUUCACCACCAAGCCAGAUCUCUUGGAUUACAAGGGUAAAAUGUACCAAUUCUGUGGCAAAGCAUGCUGUGACGAGUACAAAAAAAUUAACAUGGUUACGGCCAUGUGCGAGUACUGCAAGAUCGAAAAGACUAUCAAGGAGGUUGUACGUUUCUCAGGCAUUGAGAAGGUUUUCUGCAGUGAGGGUUGCAAGCUGCUAUACAAACACGACCUUUCAAAGAAAUGGGGGAAUUACUGUAAAAUGUGUAGUUACUGCUGCCAGACAUCUCCCAAGUUAGUGCGGAAUCAUUUUGGUGGGAAAUUGGAAGAGUUCUGCGGGGAAGAGUGCAUGUCAAAGUUCACAGUGUUGUUUUAUCAGAUGGGGAAAUGUGAAAGCUGCAAGCGACAAGGAAAGCUAAGUGAGUCUCUAAAGUGGAGAGGAGAGAUGAAGCACUUUUGUAAUCUGAUGUGUGUACUGGUGUUCUGCAGCCAGCAGAGUGCAAUGGAUCCUCCUCCAGUCAACAAUACAGCCAACUGGGGGACAGAGACAUUACUCGAAGCAUCCAAUGUUCCCAUGGUCCAAGCAGUCCCAGCUUCCGCAGGCUCAUCCGGAGCCAAGGAAUCUACUCCAGUGAUUGCCAAUGUAGUGUCACUUGCAAGUGCCCCUGUAGCACAGCCCACUGCAAACUCUACCAAUGUUUUACAAGGUGCUGUACCAACAGUAACAGCUAAAAUAAUUGGGGAUGCAAGUACCCAAACAGAUGCACUGAAACUCCCAUCCUCACAGCCCCCACGACUCCUCAAAAACAAGGCUCUACUCUGUAAGCCAAUUACACAAACCAAGGCCACCUCGUGCAAGCCUCACACACAGCACAAGGAGUGUCAGACAGAGGAGGACGGAAAGCCACAGAUCUUGGUUGUUCCUGUACCUGUGCCAGUCUUUAUUCCUGUUCCCAUGCACCUGUAUACACAGUUUGCCCCAUUCCCUCUGAGCAUACCAUUGCCUGUCCCUGUCCCAAUGCUGAUCCCUACCACUCUUGACAAUGCUGAUAAGAUUAUAGAUGCAAUAGAGGACCUCAAGGAAAAAAUUCCAUCUGAUCCCUUUGAGGCAGACAUUCUUCAGAUGGCUGAGAUGAUUGCUGAAGAUGAGGAAAAGGAGAAAACUCUGUCCCAUGGAGACCAGGGCAGCACAUACAGUGGAGACUUGGAAUCUGAAGCUGUGUCUACACCACAUAGUUGGGAAGAAGAAUUAAACCACUACACCCUGAGGUCCAACAACCUGCAAGAGCCAGACACAGAGCUCCGGCAGCUCUCCAGAGUGGGAAUCGAGCAGGAUCUGGAAACGGACUUCCCAACAGAAUCAUUUGACCCGCUGAAUAAAAGUUCCAGUCUUUUUGCUCGAUCGCGAGGCAGGCGAAAACAUAGAGAUGGCUUUCCCCAGCCAAAAAGACGGGGCCGCAAAAAGUCAGUAGUCACUGUGGAACCACGAAACCUUAUGCAGGGAUCAUAUCCCGGUUGUUCUGCCUUGGGCUCUACAUUAAAAUAUAUGUAUGGGGUCAAUGCUUGGAAAAAUUGGGUACGGUGGAAAAACUCGCAAGAAGAGCCGGAAGACAUUAAGUUUGGAGUACGACCUGUAAAGUUGAAAGAAGAUGUUCUGUCGUGCACCUUUGCAGAACUGAGCUAUGGUCUGUGUCAAUUUAUUCAUGAGGUACGUCGGCCAAAUGGAGAGAAAUACAAUGCAGACAGCAUUCUGUACCUGUGCCUUGGAGUUCAACAGUAUCUCUUUGAGAAUGGAAGAAUAGAUAACAUUUUUACAGAACCCUACUCCAGAUUUAUGGUGGACCUUACAAAGCUACUGAAAAACUGGCAUCCACCUGUGUUACCCAAUGGUUUCAUGUUCUCAAGGAUUGAAGAGGAACAUCUGUGGGAGUGUAAGCAGCUUGGCGCCUAUUCACCCAUAAUCCUUCUCAACACCCUACUCUUCUUCACCACCAAAUACUUCCAGCUGAAGAGUGUGACUGAGCACCAGCAACUCUCCUUUGCCUAUGUCAUGAGACGCACAAAAACUUUAAAAUACAACACAAAGACCACCUACCUGCGUUUCAUGCCUCCUUACCAGAAGCCAGAGCUGGAACAGGAGAAGUUAACAGGGGGAAAGCGAAAAAGACUAGAUGAAGAGGAUGGUCAGUUUGUGAUGGAGAUGGCUGAAAACACAGAUAACCCUCUCAGAUGUCCUGUCAGGCUGUAUGAAUUUUAUUUGUCCAAAUGCAGUUCUGAAAGUGUGAAGCAACGGAGUGAUGUCUUCUACCUACAGCCAGAGCGUUCUUGUGUGCCCAAUAGCCCCAUGUGGUUCUCCACCAUGCCCAUUGACCCAGGCACAUUGGACAGCAUGCUGACCCGCAUCCUAAUGGUUCGAGAAGUUCACGAAGAGCUGACCAAAGCAAAAGAGGACUCGGAAGUGGAACUGUCUGAUUAAAUUAGCAUCAGAUCCUAUCAGCCCCCUUAAUUCCAAACCCACAAAAACCAUACCUUCUAUAUAAAGUGGGGCAAGCGCUAAACUGUGAAUGCGACAUUUUCACUCUGGACUUGUACACUGCCCAACUUUUGCCCCAAAGUCCAACUCUGUAUAUUUACUUAAGAAGAAUCAAGUGCUCCCCUGCUGGAUCUCAGUGAGACUCAAAACAUCACAGUAUAGUAUCUCUGUGGUAGGGAAACGGGCACAGAGAUGAGCAAAUGACUCUACAAUCCCCGGACUAUCAUACACCUGCAUUUAGGUGUUUGACCCCACAAUAGGAACUGUAAUUUCUUUUUAACUGGAGCAAAAUGGGAGAUUGCUUUUUACUCUUUCUUCUGCAAAAAUGACUGAUACUACUAGAAAGACAGCAGGAUGGGCUGAGAAAGAAGUCUCUUCUAUACUUGUGUUGCGUGACACUGUUGGAUGCAUUGAGGUGCCACAUACUUUACAUUAUUCAAUAAUCAAAUUUAAAAAAAAUGUAUAAAACGUGUUGCAACCCUUUUUGACCUUUCAACAGGUUUAAGCAUUCUUCCACCUUAAUGUUGAUCGUAUGUGAGAGCGAAGUAAUGCCUACUUUCACACACUGCAGUUUUCUCUCAAUCCCCCUGCUAUACUCUAAACUGUCCACAUAGUACACAAUAUAGCUGCAGUCACAUACACCAGGAGUAUUGCAAUCAGACCAUUAGUGCUUAGACCAAAUUAGACCGAUCUACCACUCUGUGUGGAAGUAGCACAAUAAACGUGCAAACACAAGUACUUGUGCUCCAGCCAGGAAAUCUGUGCUUGUAGGCUCUAAAAAUUCUUUGUUGUAACCUAAUUCGGCAUGUGUCCAUUUCUUUACUACAAGGUAGACCUCUUUCUCUUCAGUAUAUUGGUUCCUCCAUGACACACACAAUUUCAGGAACCUCAAAGUGCAACAGGCAUCAACCCAUCAGGGAUUUCAUUGUUUGUUUUUUCCCUGCCCCUCCCACAUAAUUGUGAUUAAAACAUAUCUAGACUUUUUACUGUAAGGGCACAGCAUCGAUAUUUAAUGAUGCAGAAUUAGCAUGAAAUAAAAAAAAAGAUUGCUGUCCAUUUUAUGGUUUCAUCAUGCUUGAUAGAGAAUUUUCCAUAAAGCAAGUUUAAGUACCUGUAAGCACAUGCUAAAGCUAGCCUGCAUACAUUAUGUAAGGUUUAUGCAAUUGAAAGACAUCACAACAGUUUGAAAGAGACUACAGCCAAAAACAAACCAUUUACCCUGUGCUCAAGUACUUUGGUCUGGUUUCCAAAAAAGAGAAAUUGAAAAAAUCUACCACUGGAAUUCCUGUAAUUUUGCACAUAGUAAACACAUUUUAUUCAUUUUUUAUUUUCUAUUUUCCCAUGCCUCACUUGUCACCAAGAGCAUUACACAGGAAGACCAUUUCUUUGAUACUUCCAAAUAACAUGUUAAACUGUUGAUCAUUGAACCAGUGAAGACUAAAUAAACAACCUUAGCUUGGAUUUUAUUUGUAGAAUGAAGAGGGAAAUUACCAGUGAACUUUCUAGUGUUUAUAAAUAAUGGAAAAACCUGUCAUACUCACAGCAUACUCUUGCAGGACAGAUGUGUGUUUCAGGAAGAAGCUAAUGUUUCUGUAUGUUACUGUUAAUUCAUUACUCUCUUUUCUAUCAAAGGGGACCCUGACAUGUUGUGCAUUAUGUUGCUAUCCCCUUGUAUUUAAAGGUUAGUAAUGAU